AGCAGCUCCGGGUGUAUCGGGGAUAAAUACAGACUAAAGAUGGCGACGGUGGUGGAUAUACGGGACAAAUUCGGAUCCAAAACUUCACGUCGGAACACGAAGUCCAGCUAUCCAGUCACGCACUGAGAUCCGUAAAAUUCUCGCGACACCGAGCUGAGCUCCGGUAACGUUACUGCUUCAGUGUGUCACCAACAGGGACUUGAGACUUCUUUUCGCUUAACAGCAAUAAUUAAAGAAGCUUUUGGGCUUAGAUCAUCCGAACCGACACCGAGUCUCGCUGAUAUGAUCCCAAAGUAAACCGCGAUCGAAUCCGAACCGAGUCCAUAUUUAACCGCAGUUUGAUUCUGUUGCAUGGCGGCUGUCGGAGGGAGUCUGUCCGUCCCGAUAUCGCAUUGAUUUGGGUCGGAACCGGAUCGUGAUGUAUUUUCUGAGCGGUUGGCCGCGGAAGCUGCUUUGCCCCUUGCGGAGCGGCGAGCGGCCUUUCCUGAUCGAGCCCAGCUCGCAACGCUUUUACCUGUGCGUGCUGUCCGAGAGUCAGAUCAACAUCUGGUUCAGCAGGCCCAGCGUGUUGAUCGUCAGCUAUAUUGAAUCUGGGAAAGCGGCUGCGCAGUUCGGCUCUUAUCAGCAGGCUGAAUGGAAGCCGGACGACUCCAUGAUCGCCGUAUCGGCUGCGAAUGGUUAUGUUUUGUUGUUCGACAUCGUUGGAAGUUUGGAUGAGAAGUACCUGUAUGAACCCGUUUAUCCAAAGGGCAGCACUCGUGUUAAGGUGACCGCGGGCUAUAAAGAAGAACAAUGCGCUCCAGCUUUGACCCUUGAGAUGAAGAGACCGAUUGACCUGGAGUCUCCGAUCAGCUGUCUUCAGUCUCUGACCGAGGAUCUGUUAGUGGCAACAGCAGAUGGAUAUCUUCAUAUACUACAUUGGGACAGUGUUUCUAAUGGCCGUCGAACCGUCAACCUGUGUACUGUACCCUUCUCUCUGGACCUGCAGUCAUCAAGAGGAGGGCCAUGUUUGGAUUUAAACGGCGUUCACAUUCGUGAUCUGGAAUAUUGUGUGACUCUGGAUGGAUUCGCUGUUGUCUUUAAUGACGGACGGAUCGGAUUCAUCACACCCACAGCCAGCAAACUCUCUACAGAUCAGUUGCAGGGCGUUUGGGCUGCAGACGUCUCUGAUGGGACCUGCGUCGCUGUCAAUAACAAAUAUAGACUCAUGGCGUUUGGUUGUGCAAGUGGUUCUGUGUUGGUGUACAUGAUUGACAGCUCGACCGGAUCUAUGCAGCUCUCUCAUAAACUGGAGUUAAGCCCUAAACAUUAUCCAGAUAUCUGGAAUAAAACUGGUCCAGUAAAGAUGAUCCGCUGGGCUCCAGACUGUAGUGUUGUUAUGGUGACGUGGGACUGUGGUGGUUUGUCUCUCUGGAGUGUUUUUGGAGCUCAUCUCAUCUGUACACUUGGAGAGGAUUUCGCUUAUCGUUCUGAUGGUACAAAGAAAGAUCCUCUGAAGAUCUGCUCCAUGUGCUGGGGUGUGGAAGGAUACAACCUGUGGGUGAUUGGCAGCACGGAUGUGUCCGGCGUUCCGGAUGGAGAGGAACUCCAACAGGCCGGAAUUCUGCAGUUUCAGUUUAUUAAGAGUGCGCUGACGGUUAACCCCUGCACAAGUAAUCAGGAACAGGUGCUUCUCCACGGAGAAGAUCGUCUGUAUUUAACCUGUGGAGAUCCGACUCAAGUUCACAGCGGGUCUGAUAAGAGCUCUCAGCGGGACAGCAGCAGUCCUCGGCACCGUCCGGCCGCCCCCGCCUGUCUCUCUCAGGGUCUCAGCACAUUAUUGGGCCAUAAGCACUGGCAGGUGGUUCAGAUUCACAGCACAUAUCUAGAGACCAACUGGCCCAUUAGGUUUGCAGCUAUAGAUUGGUCCGGUCAGUGUGUUACUGUAGCUGGUCGACGUGGAUUUGCACAUUAUUCUUUGUUCACCAGGAAGUGGAAGCUGUUUGGUAAUGUUACACAGGAACAGAAUAUGACGGUCACAGGAGGUCUUGCGUGGUGGAACGACUUCAUCGUUGUUGCCUGUUACAAUUUCAUAGACCGUCAGGAAGAGCUGAGGUUAUAUUUGAAGUCAUCAAACCUAGACAAUGCAUUUGCCAGUGUCACAAAACUUCACGCUGAUACGCUGCUGCUCAACGUGUUUCGCAACAUCGUCAUUCUGUUCCGGGCCGAUUGCUCCAUCUGUCUGUAUAGUGUUGAGAGGAGGCAGGACAGCGGUCCAAACCCAUCAGCCAGUGUUGAGCUGUUGCAGGAGGUCUCUAUGUCUCGGUAUAUUCCUCACCCUGGUCUGGUUGUGUCUGUAACUCUCACAUCAGUACGGACAGAGACUGGAAUCUCACUCAAAGCCCCGCAGCAGGCCUGUUCAUCCGAGAGCAUCUUAUUGAAUCUGGCCGGUCAGCUGAUCAUGCUUCAGAGAGAUCGGUCCGGCCCACAGGUCCGAGACAAAGACGCUCCAGGCAUUCAGGCAAAGCAGCUUCCGUUCUGUGCACCUGUAGUUCUGGCUCAGUGUGUGGAGAACGUGUGGACCACCUGUCGCAGCAACCGAAAGAAACGUCACCUGACGGAGGCCCUCUGGCUGUCGUGCGGCGAGGCCGGGAUGAAGGUGUGGCUUCCUCUCUUCCCCCGUGACCAUCGCAAGCAGCAUUCCUUCCUGUCGCGCAGGAUCAUGCUACCCUUCCACAUCAACAUCUACCCGCUCACCGUUCUCUUCGAGGACGCUCUCAUCCUGGGCGCCUCCAACGAAACCAUCCUCUUCGACAGCGCCCACGGUUCCUCCGCCGAACCCCUGGAGUCUAUGUUCCCCUUCUGCACGGUGGAGCGGACGUCUCAGAUCUACCUCCAUCACAUCCUCCGUCAGCUGCUAGUGAGGAACCUGGGUGAGCACGCGCUGAUGUUGGCUCAGUCUUGCGCGUCUCUGCCGUACUUCCCUCACGUACUGGAGCUCAUGGUCCACGUGGUUCUGGAGGAAGAGGCCACGUCCAGAGAUCCCAUCCCCGACCCGCUGCUGCCCACUGUGGCCAAAUUUGUGACGGAGUUCCCGCUCUUCCUGCAGACCAUCGUCCACUGCGCCCGGAAGACGGAGUAUGCGUUAUGGAACUACCUGUUCGCCGCCGUGGGGAACCCUAAAGAUCUGUUUGAGGAAUGUCUGAUGAUCCAGGACCUGGACACAGCUGCCUCCUAUCUGAUCAUCCUUCAGAAUAUGGAGGUUCCAGCCGUGAGUCGUCAACACGCCACUCUGCUCUUCAACACGGCCCUCGAACAGGGAAAAUGGGAUCUCUGUCGUCACAUGAUCCGAUUCCUUAAAGCCAUUGGUUCAGGGGAGAGCGAGACUCCGCCCAGCACACCGACCACACAGGAGCCGAGCUCAACGGGUGGUUUUGAGUUUUUUAGGAAUCGCAGUAUCAGUUUGUCUCAGUCUGCAGACAGCAUCGCAGCCGGAAAGUUUAACCUGCAGAAGACCUUCAGCAUGCCAUCUGGACCGUCCUGUAAAGGUGGAGACAAGUGGUGUAAAGACGGCGAUUCUGCUGAGAAUAUGUACAUCGAUAUGAUGUUAUGGAGACACGCACGUCAUCUGUUGGAGCAGGUGCGUUUGCGAGAUCUGGGCUCUUUCUCUGCCCAGCUGGGUUUCGAGCUGAUCGGCUGGUUGUGUCGGGAGCGGACGCGGGUGGCACGGAUCGAUGAUUUCGUCACGGCCCUCAAGUGCCUGCACAAAGACUUCCUGUGGCCAUUUCCAGUCAUUCCAGCAUGUUCCAUCAGUUCACCGCUGAAGAACGGGCGCUGCCGACCAGUGUUAAGCUCUCGAUUGCUGAAGUCACAGUCGGCGGACAGUUUGUUGAACAGUGACAUGGACACCACGCCCCCUCAGGUUACCACCGCCAAUCACAGCUGGCUGGAUGGUCUGGGGGCAGCGACAAAAGAUCUUGACUCCGCCUCCUCACAGGGAGGACCACAGACACAGGACGCUUUUCUUUCUCCUCUCAUUAACAAAGGAGAAGAGUGCAGCAUCGGUUCGGCCACAGACCUUACUGAGACCAGUUCUGUGGUGGAUGGUGAUUGGACGAUGGUAGAUGAGAACUUCUCUACCCUUAGCCUCAGCCAAUCAGAGCUGGAGCAUAUCUCCAUGGAGCUGGCCAAUAAAGGACCUCACAAGUCUCAGGUCCAGCUGAGGUAUCUCCUGCAUGUGUUCAUGGAGGCGGGGUGUUUAGAGUGGUGUGUGGUGAUUGGUCUGAUCUUGCGUGAUGUCAGCGUCAUUAAGCAGGUCAUGGGGUUUUUGGACAUUCCGGAGGUCUCUCCCGAAACGGUACAGAGCAUCCGAUUGGGUCUGACAGCUGUUGACCAGUGGGCUUCAUCUGAUUGUCUGGGAUACAAGCCGUUUCUGAACCUCAUUCGUCCUCAGCUGAUGAAGUUGAUGGAGGUUCCCGUGGAGCAGGUGCCGCCAGAAACGUUCCAGGCUAGCGGAGCAUCCAAACUAUCGGAGCCUCCGCUGCUGCCCCGAGCCGAGGAUCCCCGGGGUCCGGCCGCAUGCGCUCUUCCUCUGGAGGGAUCUCCUGGAGCAAACACCCGCCCGCUGGAGGACACAACUGAGGAGACUGAGGAAGAGGAGACGCUGGAGGAGGGCACAUAUGACUGCACCUUAUCAUGACCCUGACAGAGACACAAAUCUGUGAAUUCACAGGUGAACUGAUCUGAGACCAGCUGUAUGUGGAGACACUAGAUGGCUAUCAUGGACCAGAUGAAAACCAGCCUGUGUCAGAAAACUGUGUGUGUGUGUGUGUGUGUGUGUGUGUGUGUGUGUGUGUGUGUGUGUGUGUGUGUGUGUGUGUGUGUGUGUGUGUGUGUGUGUCAGUCUGAAUUUGUGCUGCUCUAUGACCAUGUUACAAUUGUGUGACUGCUUUGAGAUCUGUGUGUGUGUGUGUUUGCGCUUGUGUGUUUUGUGUUGUGUUGUUUUGAUCUGGUAGUCUCAUGUUUUUGUGUUUUUUUUCCUCACCUUUAAUGAGAAUUAGGUGCAGCCCAACACAUGCACAUGCACAUACACACACAUGCACACACAUGCACACACAUACCUGCAGAUCAUCUGCACAGCUUUGCACCAAAUCCACACCUUUGGCUUUCUGCUGUGUGUUUAAAGUUAAACAUGACUGCAGAGAUGAUAUAAGCUAUUUAUUAGCAUAUUAUUGAGUUUUAUUCUUUUCUCUUCUUUCCGGUCGGUCGCUUACUCUGAAUUAUGGCUUCAGGUUUUAAUGUAAUUUGUGAAAUGUCAGCCCUCAUCUACAUGACCAGGUUUGAUUCCUAUAACAUGAGGUUUUAUUAGACACAAAGCCCGUAUAUACGAUCAGAUGUAUUUUUGUGAAAUGUUUUUAUGAAGAGAUAAACAGAACGAGAUGUCAGUCAGACGUUAAAGUCAUUCACGCUUCAUAUCAGAGGUCAUUUUAUUCUUCCCAUCAUUCUCCAUUAGUGUAUUUUCAGACUGACAGGUUUUUAUUUUGUUGUUUUAAUCGGAGUUAAGUUCAUAUUACAGAAAUUCUGUCAUACUAAUGUUAGUAAAAUACUUUCCUGUGGAUCUCAGCAUAUUUAUUAAAUCAACCCAUUGAAAGUUCACAGCUUUUAUCACCGUAAAUAUGUCAUAUAAUCAGUUUCAUAUCUGUAAUUAAUAUCCAUAAAAAAACUACCGGCAUGAACACAGAAAGAUGCUGAAUAAGCACGAAGCUUUUCUAUUAUUUAUCGGUUGGUAUUUUUUCCAGUUGAGAUGAAUUAAAAGCAUGUGUAUGCAGUUUAUCAUCGCUGGAUCUUUUCUCUUUUUUUUCCGCUGAUGAUGUUUUGGUUUAUUGAUGAGAAGCUUCUGGAUGUUGUUUCUUUAGAUGAAAGAAGUUCAGUAUUAUAAUGAUUCUUCAGUGUUUCUGAGAUCAGCAGAUCUUUAUCAACUUCAGAUGGACCAAAUCAUGUCAGACAAACACUUUGUAUUAUUAGAGUUGAAUUAUUAUUAUUAUUAUGCAUUCUUGGCUUUUGUCUCAGUAUUUAGCAGCUUAUGAACGGCUUUAUUGAGAUGCAUCUUUUAUUUGAAUGUUUUAUAUUCCCCCUAAAAUAACAUUGCUGGUUUGGUUUAAUCUCCCAGUCUGACCAGUGGAUAAAACCAUUAAAGCAGAGCAGACACUUUCUUUCCUCAUUUCAGUAUUUCUGUGUUUGAGGCGUAGAGAUCAAAUGUGUUUCUUCUGCUAAUAUGAGAAACACAAAGCACAUGCAGGGAAGUUGUGACAAACCAAAGACCUGCAUUUGUGUGUGUGUGUGUGUGUGUUCAUUGAUGUUCUAUAUACAGCAUGGUACAAAAUCCCCUAUUAUAUUAUCUUGUCUGAUAUAUUUUUUGAGAGUUCUGAUGAUGAUGUUGCAGUUAAUGGUGACAUUGUUCUCAAGUUUGUUUUUUUAUAUCAUUUAAUUUUCUCUUAAAGUCAAAUGUAGGUUGACUUGGUUGUGUAAGAGAGAUGUUGGCUUUUUCUUCAUCUGUAAAGUUGAAUGUCUUCAGUAAUCUGGAAAGAUUUUGUGGCUCUGGAGUUUCUUCUCAAUGCCGUGUACAGAGAGUUUGCUGUACUAUACUGUUUCUACUCAUUUUCUAGAUUUUCCUGUACAUAAAGAACAAUAAAUUAUUUUUUAAACAUC